CUUUUAGUAGUUUUAUCUUAUCGAAACAGAAAUACAAUAACACAAGUGGUUGAUAGAAAAAGGUGUUAACCAGAGUUGGAUUGCACUAGCCAUUUGUGGCUACAUGCUAGAGCUUAUAGAGUUGCUAUGUCAUAAUUUUCUUUUCAGUUUUCAUUGCAAUUCGGCGCCCACUAUAAUAUUCAUACAGGCUUUGUUUGGCUUCUUCACCUGCAUGAGUUUCGGCUUCAAUUUCCAACUCGUAGCCAUCUUUUACGGAAAACGAAUACAAUCAUGUUUGCAGUUACACCGUAUUCUCCGGCGACUAUGCCGGUUGACGUCAUUCCUCCGCCGUUCCCGCAACCAGCAGCACCCGCAUUCCAAUCCUCGCCGUCACCAUCGAUGUUUCUGACGCCUCCAGCCCCAACCUCGCCGUCGCCGGAAACAUUACUCGUCCAAGGUCUGCCGCCACCGCCAUCUUCAGUUACACCUAUUCCUCUGACGGUGCCGGUGUUGCCGUCUCCGUCGCCGGAAUCUUUCACACCGCCAUUUCCACCAUUCGCAGUUUCGCAAUCGCCUCCGGCUCCGAUCACCGCAUCCCAGCCACUUCCGUUUCCAUAUGCCACAGCGCCUUCAACGACGUCGUUUCCGCCAUUUGCAGUCGCACCAUCACCUCCGUCUCCGACAGCCGAUUUUCCACCUGCAUUGCCAGAUAUGCCUCUGACACCCGAGGCGGCGGCGGUGACGACAUCGAGUUUUCCUCCACCGCCUUUACCUCCUUCGUUCACGAGGGAACCAACCUUGGCAACGCCGUGGAGCCCCGCCUUGCCGUUAUCGGCGCCGCAAGAAGUGAAUUUGCCGGUGGCUGUGAAUUUUCAGAAGACCUCAACAUUCCACGUGGCAAGUGGGCUCAUUGUUGGGCUAGUAAUUGGGGCAAUCGUUUUGGUGUUUGGUUUUAGCAUUGGAUUACUUCUAUGCAGGAAUAGGAAGAAAAACAAACAGAAGAAUCUAUGCACGGGUCGCACUAAGGAAUCACCACCCUCCAUUGAAUCCAAGGGAUCUCAUGUUAUUCGAGUGCCAUCAAAUCCAACGCUGCCACCGAAUCUCACAUCAGGUUCUUUUAAGUCAGUGUCUGUGAAAACAAUUCCAAAUCAUGCUCCAAGGGCAGCCUUCAGUCCCGGGAAUGGUAGUUUCAGGUAUGAUGAAAUAUUAGCGGCCACUAAUUGUUUCUCUGAGUCCAAUCUUCUUGGAGAAGGUGGCUUUGGCUAUGUGUACAAAGGAGUUCUUCCAUGUGGAAAGCAAAUUGCAGUUAAGCAACUAAAAUUAGGUAGCCAACAAGGAGAGAGAGAAUUCCAAGCUGAGGUUGAGACAAUUAGCCGAGUGCAUCAUAAGCAUCUUGUUGAAUUGGUUGGCUACUGCGUUGCUGGGGCAGAGAGAAUGCUUGUUUAUGAGUUUGUUCCAAAUAACACAUUGGAAUUUCACUUGCAUGGGGAGGGGAGUAUCUUCUUAGGAUGGACAACGAGAAUUAAAAUUGCCGUCGGAUCUGCAAAAGGGCUGGCAUAUCUACAUGAAGAUUGUAAUCCAGCAAUUAUUCACCGUGAUAUUAAAGCAUCUAAUAUUCUUCUUGAUUUUAAGUUUGAACCCAAGGUUUCUGACUUUGGCCUGGCGAAAGUCUUGCCAAACAACGAUAGUCAUAUUAGUCACCUCACCACCCGAGUGAUGGGAACCUUUGGAUAUGUGGCUCCGGAGUAUGCAUCAAGUGGUAAAUUGACAGAUAAAUCAGACGUAUAUUCCUACGGCGUAAUGCUUUUAGAACUUAUAACCGGACGUCCACCGAUCACUGCAGCAGGAUCCAGGAAUGAGAGCUUGGUUGACUGGGCUAGGCCAUUGCUUGCUCGAGCACUCCAAGAAGAUAGUUUCGACAACCUUGUUGAUCCAAGGUUGCAGAAAAAUUACGAAGCUGAUGAGAUGGUUAGAAUGAUUACAUGUGCAGCUGCUUGUGUGCGCCAUUCAUCCAGGCUUCGACCUCGUAUGAGCCAAAUAGUUGGAGCCUUAGAAGGAGUAGUUUCUCUUACUGAUCUUGUUGGAGAUGUUACACCGGAGAAUACCCCAGAACGCAACUGGUCAAAUUAUUUAGAUUAUGGUGACAACCAAUACCAGUAUGAGUUAAGAAGUUUCAAUUUGGCACUACCAGCUCAGAAAUACAGCUCUAGUGGGUACAGUGAAACCACUAGUGCUUGUGGCCUUUACUCAUCAGGCUCAAGUAGUGAGGCUCACGGAUCAUUCCGAGAAAUAUUGUAAAAGAGGUUAAACAUGGAGAAUUGUAUUGUGAACUUAGAAUUCAGAACUAUGGUAAUUAUGUUCUACUCAAGAUGAAAAUCUCGUACACAGUCCAGACUA